AUGUCGAUGUUGAUGGUGCGAGAAUUGGAUUUACUUAAACAAUUUCAAGAUAUGAGUUUGGUUUAUGAAGAGACUUCUUUUGGAGUGAAGCUUGGUAUGUUGAAGCUUACUAGUGGAAGUUUGGAUGAGAUUCAAGAAGGUCAAAAAUCUGAUUUGGUUUUGGCAGAUCGAUUGAUGUUGAUCAAUCAAGGUAAAGGUGGUGAUUUUCGGAUUGAUGAGAAUGGUAUCAUGAGGAUUCCGAGUAAUUGUGAAGCUAUUUGGGUUAUUGUGAACAGGUUGACGAAAUUUGCUCACUUUAUUCUGAUUAGAAUGGAUUAUCCGAUGGAGAGGCUUGCAAAGCUGUAUAUUGAGAAAAUUGUCAGUUUGCAUGGUAUUCCGUCUAGCAUUGUGUUAGAUAGGGAUGUGAGGUUUACUUCGAGAUUUUGGGAAGAGAGUGUUGUGGUUGGACCUGAGAUAGUUCAACAGCCUACUGAUAAGAUUAAAAUGAUCAGAGAGAAGAUGAAGGUUUUUAUGAGUCGUUAUAAGAGUUACCGUGACAAGAGAAGGAAAUCGCUUGAGUUUGAGGUAGAUGAUCAUGUGUUUUUAAGAGUUACUCUGGUAACGGGUGUUGGUAGAGCAUUGAAGUCGCGUAAGUUGACGGCGCAUUUUUUUGGUCUGUAUCAGAUUUUCAAGAAAGUAGGUGAUGUGGCUUAUCGGAUUACGUUGCCGCUGUCACUUGCUAAUCUCCAUGAUGUGUUUCACGUGUCUCAAUUGAGGAGAUACAUUGCGAAUCCUUCGCAUGUUGUCCAAUUAGAUGAUGUUGAGGUUAUAGAUAAUUUGUCCGUAGAGACAUUACCUAUACAGAUAGAAGAUAAAGAGGUGAAACAACUCCGUGGUAAAUGGAUCACUUUGGUGAAAGUCGUUUGGGGAGGACCAGCUGGUGGAAAUGUGACGUGA